GGCUCUAGCGCAAUAGAAGGGAUGAUGCAGCGAAAGUGGCCUCGCUGGAGAGGGGGCGGCCCCCGAAGGGCCACCCCACGUAUAAAGAGGCCUGCGCCUUUCAAUGCAGACACUGUCGAGUUUGACUUCUCCCCGACAACAGUCGACAAUGAAGUUCUUGGUGUGCGUCCUGCUGGUGGCUGCCAUAGCCCGUGCCGACGAAGCGGCAAAGGAUGAUGACAAGAAGACCGAAAAGCGCGGCAUCUACGGCUCCGGCUUUGGCUACGGAGGUGGCUUCGGAAGUUACGGCGGAGGCUACGGUGGAGGCUACGGAGGUGGUCUGGGAGGAUACGGAGGCGGCUUGGGAGGCUACGGAGGCGGUUUGGGAGGAUACGGAGGCGGCUAUGGUGGACACGUCCAGCACGGACACAUCAAGGCCGUGACCAUCACCAAGGAGGUCCCCUAUGCCGUUCCUCACCCUUACCCCGUUCCCGUUGUGAAGAAGAUCCCGGUUCCAGUUCCCCACCCUGUUGCUGUUCCCGUUGACAAGCCCUACCCCGUUCACGUCCCAGUCAAGGUUCCCGUGCAAGUGAUCAAGCACGUGCCCUACCCCGUUGAGAAGCCUGUGCCCUACCCCGUCCAUGUUCCUUACAAGGUCGCCGUGCCCCACCCUGUCGCCGUUCCUGUUUCCAAGCCUGUGCCCUACCCCGUGCACGUGCCCUAUAAGGUCGCCGUGCCCCAGCCGUACCCCGUGGUCAAGCCUGUGCCCGUCUACGUCAAGUCCCACGACUACCACCAUGGUCAUGAAUACAGCCAGCACUAUUAGAGAGGAGCAUCCGAGGCGGCCGUCAGGUGGACCGAUUGUCCGACCUACGGCCGAGCUCCGCUUCUGACGCACACCAAACACCACCCUCAUCUCUAGUUCACUAUUUUUGUAAAAAACUGAUUUUGUACUCGUGACUGUUUUUAUGUGAGAAAGAAUAAAUUUUUAUGAAAAUACUAAACCAAAA